CAGAGUGUCUCAGCUGUCCUUGGUGCUGCUCGCUCAGAUGGAGGCUGCAGUAUUCUGCUGAGUUGCAGUGAGCCAGCAUUCGCUCAAGAGCGGAGGGUCCUGACGAGGAAACUACAGCGCCCACAGUCCUCCGGUCGGAGCCCACACUGUCAUCUGAAGCGGAGAAAGCCCCGUGGAACCCUGGGAGACGCGGUCAUCAGUAACCUACCGCUGAGAGAGAGAGAGAGAGAGAGAGAGAGAGAGAGAGGGAGAGAGCGAGAGGGUGGUGUGCCAUGACAACAGACAGAGAGAGAGACAGAAAGUAACUGCUGAGCCAUGUCUGCCGGCCUGGACGACACUGACAACGUGUUCGACCUGAACGAGGCGAUCCCAGAGACCGAGCUGCUCGACAACAGCAUCCAGAAAGGCCGAGCCCAGCUGUCCGUCAAAACGCGAAGGCACCGGCCCUCCAGGUCUCGUUACCGUGACAGCGUUAGCUCGACGGAGGGCGACGACAGCCUCGACAGGAAGGACAGUCCAAUACACUCCGCCCGAUCACCCCUGCACCUGGCAAUGCGAGGCCCCUCUCCUGAUUCUCUGCUGUCAACUCGAAGCCCCGCCUUCUCCUUUGAUACACCGCUGGUGCGCCGCUCUCCAGAGGACGGUGGUGCUUCAUUGGCUGCUCCUCCGCGGGGCCGGUACCAUCAGCUGACCAAUGCAACAUCCCAGGAGCCUCUGGUGACGCCCAGCAGCUCGCCAUCCAAAUCCUGCCCGUCCUCCGACUGCUCUCCUCUUUACACCAGGAGGAACAGGAGGCCCGACAGCGAAGUGCUGGUUUCUGAUACGAGUCGAGACACCAGUCCAGCUGAUCCCGGCAGUCCGACCGUCGUCUUCGACAAGAAAACCAAGAGACGCUUCCUGGACCUAGGGGUAACUCUGAGACGAUCAUACAUCAGAGUGAGAAAAGAUAAAUCCAACAGGCUCUCUGUGGGCAGCAGAGAGCCAUCCGAAAGUCCGUCUCGGUCAUCCGGAUCUUUUGUCUCAUUCUCCUGGUUCACUGAAGGGCGGGGGUCACUCUCGUCUUCUGGGACUCCACCCUGCUCCCCCAAGAUCCCCCCGCUGAGCUCCCCAAGACCCCGAAAGUCUCACUCACAGGAGUCAGCUCUCAGUGAGGAGUUUUCUCCUCCUCACACCUCCUCCUCCACCUCUCCUCCCAUCGACUGCUCCUCUUCCAGAUCCUCCCACCCGUACCACACCCUGUCUCAGUCCUCUGACGAGCCCUGUGAUGAACCCACAUCGCUGGUCUCCUCCUGGACAACACAGGAGGUUUGUCAGUGGUUGCGAGGUCUCAACAUGGAGCAGUACGUCCCAGAAUUCACUGAGAGAGACAUUGAUGGACAGGAGCUGCUGCAGAUGGACGGCAACAAGCUGAAGGCCCUGGGCGUGCUCAGUUCGUCCGACCGCAGCACCCUGAAGCGUCGCAUCAAAGACAUCCAGACUGCAGCAGAGAAGGAGAGAAAAGCCCUGGACAAACUGGAGAAACAGAAAGAAAAGCAACGGAGGAAAGACCAGGAGCAGCGGAAGAGCUGAAAGCACCACCAGGGGGAGACAGAGUACGAUGAGGAGGGAGGAGGGCGGGACCAGGUGGCUAGAAGGGAGACAGGUAGUAGGAAACAGGUGGACUGGGAACUACAAGAGAGAAGACAACAUGUAGAAAGAGGGGAGGUAAAGCAAGAUGAGGAGGGAGGACAGAAGAGGGACACAGAGCGGAGGACAAAGAGGGAUAACAGGCAGGAUUCAUGUUUAAGGACCAGAGUUGGGUUUAAGAUUCCUAUGGGGUGAAGUUCCAGCACAAUAAAAAAAAGUCCCAGUUUGCACACACCCUGGAAACCAGGAACUUCCCGGAAAGAUCGUUGAAAAUGACGAGAAGAAGAAGAAGAAGAAAACAACGUCCUGCAGAGAAGUUAUAAAACUAUGAAAAAAUUUCAGGCUGCGUGUCUUUAUUUAAUAUUUAAUGUUACAGAAGCUCUCAAAGGACAGCUUCACUUUAAAAUACAAAUUUUAUUUUAGUUUUGAAUCCAACAUCUAAGCAUUUUGAUGAUGUCAUUGAGCAAAAACAGAAACAUUUAUUACUGAAAUCAAAGAAAUUUUAAACGUGGAAUAAAAACUGGUGAUAAAACUAAAAACAUCAUUUGUUUUUAUU